CCUCCUCCUCCUCCGGGCUGCCUGCUAAUAACUUCUCGUCGACGCACCACUCCGCUUCAGUUUGUUUUGGGCUGGAUACGACAAGCAGCAGCAGACAUGGCUUUCCUGCACACAACACUUCUACCGCUCUUCCUUCACAUGUGCCUCCUGAACUGGAGCGUGCGGGCCAAGGUGGAGGUGACGAUGCAUGAGAGUGUUGAGGUAUACCUGGACGACUUGGCUGAGAUCUCCUGUCAGCACAGCUUCACUGACACCACGCUGCCAGACCGUGUCAUCAUCCAGUGGUUUGUGAGAUCGGUAGGCGACAGUUCCCGGACGCGCAUCUUCUACGAUGAUGGCACUCAGCAGCUGGUUGAUAAAGACACGGACUACAGUGGUCGCAUUGACCUGGUUUCGGACCAGCAGGGAAGUCGACUCAGGAUCCAGAACGUCCAGAUCUCUGAUGAGAAGGAAUUCGUCUGCCAGGUUAACGGCCUUGCUGCCGGGAACGCUGAGGGCAAAACCCACCUCAGAGUGUUUUCUCCUCCGGUCGCUCCAGUCAUCGAGGGCGUCACUACUGGUGUAUCUAUCACCAACGAGCAGCCGUCUCAGGUUGCAUCAUGUGAGGUUCAAAACGGUUUCCCAAAACCCAACAUCACCUGGUACAGGAACGGGAUGUCGCUGAUGCCUUCACCGGGACACGUGAACGUGUUAACCCUGAUCACCCGUGAGUACAGUGGCUUCUACUCCGUCCAGAGCACACUGCAGUACAAAGUUGACAAGGAGGACGCGGACGCCCACUUCUCCUGUGAGGUCAGCUUCUUUGUCCCCGGAGCCAUCAGGACAGUGGAGUCCCACAGCGUCAACAUCACCAUUCACUACCCCACCACCGUGGUGGAGCUGAGGAAGGAGUCGCCCCCGGGCUUGGUCAAAGAGGGGGAUACUGUGGAGCUGCGUUGCCAGGGCGACGGCAACCCCCCGCCGCCCUUCAAUUUCAACAGAGAACAAGAGCCGGACGUGGACUUGGACAACAGCGGUGGUGUGUUGAUCCUGUCGUCGGUGUCUCGAAAAGACAGCGGCGUCUACCGGUGUCGCCCGCUCGACGCCGCUGACGUCAAAGGAGAACUGCAGCUCGAUGUGCAUUACCUGGAUCCAGCUGUUGUGGUGCCAAAACACUCAGAGGUCAUGCUCAGAGGAGAAGAUCUGACUGCGACCUGCAACGCAUUGUCCUCCCUCAAAACAUCCACUGUCUGGUACAAGGAUGGGAAGAAGGUGGGUCAGGGGAACACGUUGCAUCUCCGGGACGCCACCUACAAAACAAGUGGGGAGUACAUAUGCGAGGUGACCGUUCCCUCCCUGCCUGCCCUGCACACCAGCGGCUCAGUUCAAAUCAUCGUGCAAGGUGUUCCUCAGCUGGUCGGUUCGGAGCAGGAAGUUCACCUGGAGGAGGCUGAAGGGAGGAAGGUGAACUUGAGCUGUGAGGCUCAGGGUCACCCGCUACCCACCCUGUCCUGGAACAUCAGCGGCAGCCAGAACUGGGUAGAAAUAAUGAGCAAAACAAACGAACACAUGAGUCACAGCAUCGUGUCGAUCGAAGUGACCUCAGACACCAGCGCUUUCUGCACCGCUACCAACGGCAUGGGCACUGACGUCCAAGUGUUCAGCAUCAAAGCCCUUCCCAGGGUCACCACCCCUGCUCCCGUCUCUCCUGUUGAUGGUAGCGGGGUGAUCAUCGUGGUGAUCAUACUGUGUCUGCUGCUGCUGGCCUUCCUCGGCAGCGUCAUCUAUUUCCUGCACAAGAAGGGGAAGAUCCCAUGUGGACGCUCGGGCAAGCAGGAGAUCACCAAGGAGAAGACCACCAAAGAUGACAUUGUUGUGGAGAUGAAGACCAACACAAAGAACGAGGAAGCCGUCCUCCUAAAGGCCGUCAACGGAGACAAAAAGGGCCCUAAUGACAAGUAAAGCUCCUGACAAUUCACCGGGACACAUUGAUGAGGCCAGAAGUCAGAUCCCACUGAUCUGAGACCAACAGUCUGGACGACCCCCCCACACACACACACUGUGUUCUCAGCAGUAUUCAGUAGAUGUUCACUACACACACACACACACACACACACACACACACACACAACACACACACACACAUACAUACAGGUAUGUAAUGUACAGAUGUGUAUUUUCUUUCGAAGGAAUGUUUUCUUCCUCAACAUUUAAUUUGGUUUGUACCGUUUCCUCAAACUUGUGUUCAGCCCUCAGCUGUUGUUCAUUGUGUCAGAUGUUGUCUCAAGACCAUCGUCAGGGUUUUUUUUGUUUUUUUUUGUUUGUUUUUUAAUGAAAGUGUAUAUAUUAUAUAUAUUUUGUUAUUUAAGAUAUUUUGGCACUCAGAUUUUCAUUUCGUGGCAGCGCGCGUGUGGGAUCGUGUGCAUGUUGAUCCGUGUUCAUGAGUCCAGAGGUGAGUUCGAAGAUGACGUCAGAGACCAAACGCUCGCUCUCGUUACCGUGGUAGCAGAGAGGUCUGUCAGUGUGUUUGAUGGCAGUAUUUGUAUAAUUAAAAUUGACCAAAGUCAGACCCACACCAAGGCUUUUUUUUAUUUUUUCCCCCCCGUCCAGAAUCAUUUUGGGUGUUUGACAGCUAAAGCUUGAACUAAUCUCCAAACGCGACACACUGGCGGCCUUCGUUCUGCAAACUGCUGUCAAGCCGUUGUGCUGUUUGUAAAUACGUGUAGUGUACAGAUCUGCUAGUGGAGGCCUUGGACUGUUACUGAAAGUGAAAAAAGGUCAAAGGUUAGUAGUGAUCUGCUGUGCCUGUUUUUUUUUUUUUGUUUUUGAGAAUGCAUCAUACACUGAACUUAUUUUGUUGUUGUUGGUUUGCUCUGUUUCCUUUUGUGUUUCCACUGAGAGCCCGAAGAAGACGUCGCCCAGUGUUUUUACACGUUUUGUGAUUUUCUGUAGUUUUUACACGAGACUAAAACAAGUACACACAACAAUCACUGUGAUGGAGUGACAAAUUAAAAGCCUGAAGAAGCGUUUGUUUUUCUUUUAUCUUGAAAUGUCACAAAACUUCUUUUUUUUUUUUCUCCUGAAUCCCUCAAACACUCUUCUCUUCUCAACAUCAGGACCAAAACUACUGCGUUUAUCUGUUACACCUGAAACAUCACAAAGCCUCAGGCAGAUUAUUUUCUGUAAGAUAUCGUCUUAAAGGGCAGAAAGUGUUUUAUUAAAGACAGUAAAUCAGCCAAAACGUAUGAAAACACGGUCACGCUCCUUCGAAGGCCGGCGUUGUGAAUAUAUCUCACUGUGUGUCUCAUUGUGAAAGGAUUUGUUUGGAGGCGUUUGCCCUGAUGACUUGCAUCGUUGACAUAAGUAGCGGUUCAGUUUUCUCUCUUCGGUUCGUUGAGGUGUAGAAAUAUCCAGGUAGAGGACGGCAGGACGUCCUCGUGUGCAGCGCGACGCUCGGUACGAAGCCAUAACAUCUACAGACGUCGAACCAGUUUGACUCACGAAUCUGCACCUCAGCUUUUUGUGUUAACUUUAAAUAUUUCUGUCUCCAAAAAAACGAGUUUUAUUUUUUUUUCUACAUGUGUGUAAAUUAAGCGCUGUUCAUAUUAUUCUUUGAUGCUUGCCUUUUUUUUAUAUAUAUAUAUUUUUUUUUUUUUUGGAAGAAAAUAAUGCCAAAUAAAGUUUCAUUUAAAGAGA